GGAGGAACGAGGCAGGCGGCGGCGCGCGCGGCGGGCGGAGGCGGCCCGGGGGCGAUCGCAAGAAGCCAAGCCAAGCCGAAGGCGCAGCUGCAACGCCCGCCGGCGCUGCCUCGCCCGGCCCGGGGUGCGUCGAGAUGAGACCGAAAGACAAGCCAGCUCCGAGCCCCCCUGGAAAAGAGAAAGGCGGCGCCCCUGGCAAGGCGGCGGCGGACCAGACGAGCCGCCCCGGCGAUGCCAAGGCGGGCCAGGAAGAGGACGUCCACACGUGCUGUGGCUGCCGGUUCCCGUUGCUGGUGGCUUUGCUGCAGCUGGUGUUGGGCGUCUCUAUCACAGUCCUGGCCUUUUUGAUGGCCGACUUCAGCCCUUCGCUUCUGCUCAGGGAGACUCCGUAUUGGGCUGGCGCGCUUGUCUGUGUGGUUGCCAUAACUGGAUUUGUGAUGCUUUGUAUUUCCUACCAGCCAGAUGAGAAAACCUGCAUUCAGUUCGUCAUCAAGGUUGCAUACUUUGUCCUGAGUGCCCUGAGUCUGAACGUCUGUGUGUUGGCCAUGGCUUUUGCUGCCUACUGCUACUCUCAAAUCAUCCAGUUUACCUGUGACCCCAUCUCUGAAUCCGUCUGCCACUGCAAACUGGACAUGGCAGAUCCCCUCAGCAGAACCUUCACCUACCAGAGUGACUGCAGUUUCAUCACCCAGACCUUCUACCUUUUCUUGCUGAUCCAGUCCAUCCUUAAUCUCCUUGCGGCCAUAGUGGGAUUUGCGGCGUGUUUUGUGAUGUGGAAAGAUAGAUAUCAAGUAUUUUAUGUAGGUACCCGGAUGCAGUCUCUAACAACCUCAGGAGGCCAACAACAGAAAGUAUAGAGAAAGAGUAGAAGGUCUCAAGAAAAGCCACAAAAUAUGCCUUUCUCCAAAAGGGGUGACUGUUUUUAAAACAGGAGAGGAAGAGAGACAAGAAACAGGUGGAUAGAUAUAUUCAUAUACAUCAAGAGAACAAUAUUAUGGUGCAUUUCUAUGAAAAUUGUUGCCAAGCCCUCUUGCCACAGACCCCCAAUGUGCCACAGAAUUAAGCAUCCUGCAUUUGGUGCUAGAGCAGGAACUGUGAGCAUUCCCUGGAAGUGCGUUGGGAAGACAUUGAAAAGGAGAUGUCACCUCUCAGCAUUCUCUUGCACAUUCCCACUUCCUGCAUUUUGGGGUAGCUAGUCUGCAUAAAUUCCAAUUUAAGGUGCAGUUAGAACAGGAUUAGGAUGGUCGUGUUUUAGUCCAAUGCAUUUCCUUCUAGGGAAGAGCAGUAGAUCACAGAGGUAAAUGUGGCCUGCAGUACACUAAAUGAAAUGUGAUAUAAUAUGGGGACCAAAGGCAAGUAGAUGCAGCAAAAAAUUCAGGCCCUGUGUUUCUAUAAAUCCUUUCUCCUCUAAUAUACUUUGUAUGAAUACACACGUGCACACACAACCACAUAUGAUUUUAGAUUCAUAGGACUGCAAAGAAAGCACCCCAGUUUUCUUAACAGUUUGGUUUGGUUUUCUUGCAUGGUUUGUUUUGAAUAACACACGUAUAUUGCUGAGAGCAAAUUUCACGAUUAGUUACCAGGCUGUGCAAACUUUGGACCUCACAUGAGCAGGACACCUCUUUGCUGUUCAUUAAAGCAGCCCAAUUAUUUUCAGGCUUCUGUGCAAGUCUGAAAAAAAGAGGCGGCUGCUUUAAAGAGUUGCAUUAAGAGUGCACUUUUCAAAGCAGCAGCAUCUUCUUGUCAGGCAGAAGUCUAAGCCAUGUCAGAGAGUGUUCAUGUGAGUUCUGAAGUGCUUCUUUGGAGUCAUUUUUGUAGUGUGCACAGUUAUAUCCUAUUAUAUCCAGUAAUAGAUAUGCCACCCUCAUGUGUUUGACCACUAUUGUACAUAGCCACACCAUCUGCUCCUAAAACCUCCACCCAGGAGGAGAUUAUAUUCUGCUACUGCUAGUCAUAUAAUCCAGCUCUGACAUUUGUUAUUAUUAAUAAUAACACUGACCUAAGAUAAGGACACACAAGGAGCUCUUUGGAAUCAGAUCAUCUUUCCUAGUCCGACAUCCUCUUCCCAAUAGUGGCCAACCAGAUUCCCUGAAGAGGUUUGCAAGCAGGACAUGAGGGCAGCAGUCAUCUUCUCUGGCUGAUGUUCACUAACAACUAGCAUUCAGAAGCCUCCCAUUCUGAAGCUGGCAUAUAAUCAUCAUGUCUAGCAACCACUGACAGUCUUACCUGUCAAUAUCUCCCCUUAAAGCCUUUGGAUACCCAAAUUACAACUUGAGGUACAUACCAAAUUCUUCUUGUUAUCUAGUCUCAGUCUCUAAUUACUGAAGUCCAGGUGAUCACCCCAGAUUCUCCUGGUAUGUAAGAGGAAUAAAAUUGUUUCUCUGUCCUUUUGCCCAUACCAAGCAUAAUUUUAUGAAUUAUCAUGUCUCAUUUGCUUGUCCUUCUUCUAUGCUACCAAGACCUGCUAAUUUCUGUUUAUAAGUCUUUCAAGCUUCAGACACAUCAUCAGUAGAGCUCUCUGGCCAGAUUUGCAACACAGCACAACAGUUGAGGGUUCAUAAGCUUGGCUGGUGAGGGAGCAGGCAUCUAACCUAGCUGCACACCUCCACAUGACCCAAGGCAAACAAAGAGAUAAAUCCAAAAGCACUGUCUUUCCUCCUCCUCCUAGUUAACAAGUUUUUCUUGCACUCUUCCUGAAAUUUCCUCCACUAUUACACCAAGACAUCUUAAAACUUCAUAUCAGUUCAUAUUAUAUUGAAAGGCCACAGAAAACAAGGAGAAACAUCCAUCAUGGGGGCUCAAAUGAUGACAGGAGCAUUGUCCAUUCUGAUGCAUUCUCAUCUUCAAGGUUGUGUGUUGAAUUUACUUUGAGGAAAAUUUACAUUAAACUUCUUACCAGCUUUGUACCAUUCAA